ACUUCCUUUCCGCUUGGAAGUCUCCUAGUGGCAUUGAUAACGUUAUUCGUAAUUCAAUCACAACGUUAAGAUGUCAGGAGGUUUAGAUGUAUUAUCCCUUAAAGAGGAUGAUGUUACUAAAAUGUUGGCGGCGUAUACGCACUUAGGUGCAGAAAAUGUAAAUUUUCAAAUGGAACAAUAUGUUUAUAAGAAAAAAAGUGAUGGAGUCAGCAUCAUUAACCUGCGUCACACAUGGGAGAAACUGCUACUAGCAGCACGUGCCAUUGUUGCUAUUGAACAUCCAAGUGAAGUGUUUGUUAUCAGUUGCCGUCAAACUGGCCAAAGAGCAGUUUUGAAAUUUGCCCAACAUACUGGAGCUACACCUAUUGCUGGGCGUUUUACUCCUGGUGCUUUUACUAAUCAGAUCCAGUCUGCUUUCCGUGAACCACGUCUGUUGGUUGUUACUGAUCCAUCCAGUGAUCACCAACCAAUUACUGAGGCCAGUUACGUGAACAUUCCAGUAAUUGCUUUCUGUAACACCGAUUCACCUCUUCGUUUCGUCGAUAUCGCUAUUCCCUGCAACACAAAGAGUCUUCAUUGUGUUGGUCUUAUGUGGUGGUUAUUGGCGAGAGAAGUUCUAAGAUUAAGGGGCUCCAUUGCCCGUGAGAGCAAAUGGGACGUCGUCGUUGAUCUGUUCUUCUACAGAGAUCCGGAAGAGGCUGAGAAAGAGGAACAAGCUGCUAAGGAAAUUGCACCGGUUAAAGACUUCACGGGACCAGUUGAAGUUGCUGCUCCUACUGAAGCUGGAUGGGCGAAUGAAGUUGAUACUGGUACAGUUGCUCCUGAAAAUUGGGCUGAUGAUGUAGCUCCACCAACUGCAGCAGCUAUUCCAGCCGCAGGUGCUCCGCAACCAUUCCAGGCGAGUGGAGACUGGGCAGCUCAGCCAUCAGAGGAAUGGUCCACUACAACACCAACUACAGCAGGACAAAGUUGGGGAGGUGCAACCACCGAGAAGUGGUAAUCUCAUUCUCUUUGAAAAUUUCAUACAAUGAC